AUGUCUUCAUCCGGUGACACCUACAAGCCAACCGAGCACGGCGGUCUCCGUGAAGACGGGCAGCCAGACGGACGUGUCGGCACUGGCCAGUUUGCCCAAGGAAAGGUCGACCCAGUCGAGGCCGGCAAGCAGGGUGGCAACAGCAGCGGCGGUAGUGACACCAGCGACGACAACUCAGAUGGCUCUGGCAAGGGCCAGUUCGCCGGCGGAAAGGUCGACCCAGUUGAAGCUGGCAAGAAGGGUGGAAACUCUUAG